AUGAGCAAGCGAGCACCAGACGGGUUUGUCAAGCCUGAAAAGCUAGAAAAGAGCGAGUCACGAGCUUCUCAGCAGGGGGGAUUACUGAUACGGAAACACACCACAACUGGCGAAAAACAUGUGUUUCAAGCACCUACAAAGUCAUUAUUAGGACUGGACGACCUGGCUGAACAAAAGAGAGCUGAGAAGCAACGAUUGCAAGAUGCUACGGAAUCUCAGUCAAAGAGACCUAGACUCGAUCAAGGCAAGAGACCAGAUCGAGCUCCCACACCAUCCGUUGGAACAGGUUUGACGACUGAAGCUAAAGAACGUUGGGAUCAUCGACGUGAACGCGAUAGAUAUAAAGUGGGUGGACUAUUCCAAACCACAAAAGGAGUCGUCAAACACGAUGAAGACGGUGAAGAGGGCUUAUCAAUAGAGCCAGCUCGUCCGAAAGAUACACCGCGUGGAUCUAUGGGGUAUGGAGCUACUCCUUUACGAGCUCCAUUUCAAGACGCACCACUACCCGGGACAUUCUUUGGUGGUGAAGAUGAUCGAUAUGUGGGUGUAGAUGAAACGCGAGACGAUUGGGUGGACGAUCAACUCCAGCAGGAUCGAGAGUGGUAUAAUAUCGAAGAGACAGGUGGUGCUGUUGAUGAAAGUCACAAUCCAUUCGCUGAUGAUGAUGGGUAUUAUCAAAAGAAGGAGGAAGAGUUAGCUAAACAGCAAGUGAAGAAGCUCACUGCUCGACAGGCGCAAUGGAAUCGAGAUACAGAUAAAUGGGAGACGAAUCGAAUGUUGACGAGUGGUGUUGUUCAGAGAACAGAGACAGAUCCUGACUUUGAGGAAGAUCAAGAGUCUCGUGUACAUAUUCUGGUUCGAGAUUUAAAGCCACCCUUUUUGGAUGGCAAAAUUGUCUUCACAAAGCAACUAGAACCAGUCAAUCCUAUACGAGAUCCUACGUCUGAUAUGGCAAUCGCAUCACGCAAAGGAUCGAAACUCGUUCGUGAGAAGAGAGAGCAGAAGGAGAGGAUGAAGGCUGCUCCCAAACUGGCAGACAUUUCAGGGACUGCUAUUGGAAAUGUGCUGGGUGUCGCUGUCACUGAACCAGAAGCUGAAGAAGCUGGUGGUGUUGCCAACGUUGGUAAAGGAGAUUCUCAAUUUGCUUCCCAUCUGCAAGACAAGAAUGUAGCCGUGAGUCAGUUUGCCAUGUCCAGAACCCUUCGUGAGCAGAGAGAAUAUCUUCCUGUGUUUGCCGUGAGAGAGGAGCUUUUGCGUGUAAUUCGAGACAAUCAAGUGGUCAUUGUAGUAGGAGAAACGGGAUCAGGCAAAACUACUCAGUUGACUCAGUACUUGCAUGAAGAAGGAUAUACAAAAUAUGGAAUGAUUGGAUGUACACAACCUCGUCGUGUCGCUGCCAUGUCUGUUGCAAAGCGAGUUAGUGAAGAAGCCAAUUGCAAGCUGGGAGGUACUGUAGGAUAUGCUAUUCGUUUUGAAGACUACAUGACGGAUGGUGUGUUACUGAGAGAAUCUUUGAAUGCUCGGGAUUUGGAGCAGUAUAGUUGUAUCAUCAUGGAUGAAGCUCAUGAAAGGUCAUUGCAGACUGAUGUGUUGAUGGGUUUGCUGAAACGAGUCGUUGCAAGAAGGAGAGAUCUCAAGUUGAUUGUAACGUCCGCUACUAUGAACGCCGAACGAUUCUCCACCUUUUUCGGAAACGUUCCUCAAUUCUUUAUACCUGGUCGAACCUUCCCUGUUGAUAUCAUGUUUAGCAAGAAUUCGGUGGAAGAUUAUGUGGAGGCCGCUGUGAAACAAAUCAUUGGCAUUCACUUGUCGCAUCCACCUGGUGAUGUAUUGGUGUUUAUGACUGGUCAAGAGGAUAUUGAAAUUACUGCUCAAGUCAUUGCAGAACGUCUUGAACAAAUAGACAAUGACAACAUGCCUCCCAUGUCUAUUUUGCCCAUAUACUCUCAGCUACCAGCAGAUUUACAGGCCAAGAUCUUCCAGAAGGCUGAAAACAAUGCUCGGAAAUGUAUCAUUGCAACAAAUAUUGCCGAGACAUCUCUCACAGUUGAUGGUAUCAUGUAUGUGGUCGACUCAGGAUACUGUAAACUCAAAGUAUUCAAUCCCAAAAUCGGCAUGGACACGCUACAAAUAACACCCAUCAGUCAAGCCAAUGGCAAUCAACGAUCUGGACGAGCUGGUCGAACGGGUGCUGGAACGUGUUAUCGACUAUAUACUGAACAAGCUUUUCGGACAGAACUAUUUCCAAAUACUAUACCCGAAAUCCAACGUACUAAUCUAGCAAAUGUUGUGCUAUUGCUCAAGUCGUUGGGAGUUCAGAAUUUGCUUCAUUUUGAUUUUAUGGAUCCGCCGCCUCAAGACAACAUCCUCAAUUCGAUGUAUCAGUUAUGGGUACUGGGUGCGUUGGAUCAACUGGGUAAUCUCACACCUCUUGGUCGAAAGAUGGUCGAGUUUCCGUUGGAUCCUUCACUGUCAAAGAUGCUCAUCACAUCUGACGAACUGGGUUGUACUGCUGAAGUUUUGACGGUCGUAUCCAUGCUCUCUGUACCUUCGGUAUUUUAUCGCCCCAAAGAACGUGCUGAAGAGUCAGAUGCAUGUCGAGAAAAGUUCUUUGUACCUGAAUCAGAUCAUCUGACUUUACUCAAUGUGUAUUCACAAUGGGUUUCAAAUGGUCGCAGAGAUCGUUGGUGUAUUGACAUGUUUGUACAUGCCAAGGCUAUGCGGAAGGCUAGUGAAGUACGAGAACAACUGAUGGAUAUCAUGAAGUCUCAGAAGAUGGCUUACAAGUCUUGUGGAAUGGACUGGGAUGUCAUUAGGAAAUGCAUAUGUUCUGCAUAUUUUCAUCAAGCUGCUCGACUCAAGAGUAUAGGAGAAUAUGUCAACAUGAGAACUGGAAUGCCAUGUCAUUUACAUCCAACCAGUGCUCUAUUUGGCUUGGGAUAUACUCCAGAUUACAUCGUUUAUCAUGAAUUGGUGUAUACGAGCAAAGAAUACAUGCAAUGUGUAUCCGCUGUUGAUCCAUAUUGGCUAGCUGAAUUAGGACCCAUGUUCUUCAGUGUUAAAGAAGCUGGAUUCAGUCAACGGGAGAAACGACGUCAAGAUAAGCAAGAGAUGAGAACGAUGGAAGAUGAUAUGAAGGAAGCUUUGAAACGAGAGGAGUUAGAAAAGAAAAAACUUUCCAUUGAAGAGAUUCAGCCAAGGCAUGUCAUAUCUCGGAUUGCAACCCCUGGUGGUGCUACUCCUGCUGGAAUGACGCCAAGACGACGGAUAGAGCCUGGUACUCCCAGACGUGUUGGCAUGUAA